AUGAAAGAAGGAGUGGAUACGCAAAAACACGCACGUCCCGACGCAGAAAAAGAUAGUGUUGUCAAAUCAACUGAAACGACGAAAGAAAUGACAGGGGAACACGAACCAGUGCAACCAGUCGCAGAAGAAAAUGUUGUGGAACCAAAGAGUGGUGAAAAUGCUGAAAUACAUGCUGGUGAAGGAGAAAACGAUGCCGCUAGCUUGCGGGCUUCAGCUACGACUGAAGAAGGCAACGUUGGAAAGAAAUCGCCGACCUUUUUUAAAAAGUCACGUCAAGCUCUCAACAACAAAAUUAACAGUGCAUUAAGCAUAUUCAAUCGCAAGAAGAAGCCGGUGCAAACUACGAAUUCUGCCGACACUUUAACUGAAACGACGAAAGAAAUGACAGGGGAACACGAACCAGUGCAACCAGUCGCAGAAGAAAAUGUUGUGGAACCAAAGAGUGGUGAAAAUGCUGAAAUACAUGCUGGUGAAGGAGAAAACGAUGCCGCUAGCUUGCGGGCUUCAGCUACGACUGAAGAAGGCAACGUUGGAAAGAAAUCGCCGACCUUUUUUAAAAAGUCACGUCAAGCUCUCAACAACAAAAUUAACAGUGCAUUAAGCAUAUUCAAUCGCAAGACGAAGCCAUUGCCAACUACAAAUUCUGCCGACUCUCGACCACCACUUGCUAAAGGAGAAAAUGAUGCUACAAACACGAAUGUUAUCUCCGAUGCGACCACAACUGAAGUGACAGGGAAACAAGAUCCCUUACAUGCCAUUACAGAAAAAGACAAUGUAGUCGCUGAUGGGAAUGCUGCUAAUAUCGAAAGAGAUAACGUCGUUGUGUCUGGAAAACCAGGAAGAAGUAUUCAAAAGAUGAUGAAGAAAGCCCAGCUGGCUUUAGUGCAGAAGAUGAUUAACGGGAAAAAAUACGCCAAAAAAUUAUUGAAACAACGAAAGAGUGGUGCAAAUGAUAAAGUACUUGCUGGUGAAGGAGCAAAUGAUGUCGCCAACGCGGCCCAAGGUGGAGAAAGUGACAUUUCUCGCUUGGUCAGCGAAAAUGGGGAUGACGCUGGUGGCGCAGGUAUAGAUGAUCCAGUUUUGAUGGUAACAAAGGCGCAAAGAGAAAGAGAUAUUGUAAAACUGACGGAGUCAGUUCAGAAGUUGAUCGGUCACCAGAAGUUAAAGACAGCUUUAGAGAAUGGACGUUAUAUGCAUCCUAAAACCGACGAAGGUAAAGUACAUGAAUUUUCUAACAGGAUCGAGGAAGGAGCAAAGAAAGAGGAUCAGCCACAUGACACCAGAACCUCCACCACGACCCUAGUAGACAACGCUGAUGUGCUUACGAAUGCUGGCGAUUCAGUCAAGUAA